AGAGCCAUAUUAUCCCACAAGCCAUUCCUUCCUUUACCUUAGCUUUCUUUACUAUCAAGCUUAGAACCCCUCAUUCCUCCCUUUCAUAUAUAUACUUCACCUCAUUUUAAACCUUACUUCCACUUCCCCUAUAGCCACCCCUCAUUGCAAUUUAUUAUACCCUCUAAUCCUUUAUCAUGUCGAGCUACUCCGACUCCGACGAUGAUUCUGUACCUCGCUCAAAGCUCUUCGGCCGCCGCCGCCCCAUUCAUGAUAUUUUUGGAGGAGGGAGAGUUGCGGACAUACUGUUAUGGAAAGACAAGAAGAUGUCAGCAGGAUUACUGUUGGGAAUGACAGUGUUAUGGUUUUUGUUUGAGGUUGUCGAAUACAACUUUGUCACUCUCAUUUGUCAUAUCUCUAUUACCUCCAUGCUCAUCUUCUUCAUUUGGUGCACUGGUGCUGAAUUUUUCAAAUGGAAUCCUCCACGGUUUCCAGAAGCAAUAUUAAAAGAAUCAACAUUCAAAGACGUUGCUUCCACUUUGCACAGAAGAAUCAACCAAUUCCUCAUCAAGAUUUUCGAUAUCGCUUAUGGAAAAGAUCUCCCACUGUUCUUUCUGGCAAUUGUUUCGCUCUAUCUUUUAUCAGUGAUUGGAUCAUACAUUAGCUUUCUCAAUCUCCUUUACUUCGGAUUUGUAGCAUUGGAAACUUUGCCAUUUCUAUACGAAAAAUAUGAAGAGGAAGUUGAUCAAUUUGCUGGGAAGGCCAUUUCUCAAACCAAGAAAUCUUACAGAAAUUUCGAUGCCAAAUUUCUCAACAAGAUCCCAAGAGGACCUGUCAAAGACAAGAAACUCAGAUAAUUAUUUCAAUUGUAUCAAUAUAUAUAUAUAUAUACUCUUUGUAAUUAAUUAUAUAUAUAUAAAUCAUGUUAAUUAAUAUGCCAUUUCAUGUAAUAAAUUAAAAUUCUCCAUCUCUAAAUAUAUAUAUAUAUACAUAUUUAAAGUGAGUUUCAUCAUCCUUAAACUAAACUACAAUUUCCCAUAUCUUAUAUAUGCAACUAUUGUUUAUUAUAUAAACUUUUUAUUUCAAUUUUCAUUUCAUCAUUUAUCAAA